CCCGGGAUUGGUGCACACAAAUAGCCGGCCAAUCACAGCAGAUGCAGGGAAAAUAACAAGGCGAAAAGGAGAGCUGGAGAAAGAGGGAAGAGCUAUGAAAAAGCGAGGGAGAAGGUGAAAUCACAGCAGCACAGAGGAGAAGACUAGACGAGGGAGGAAGAGGAAGAAUGAGCGGAGGAGGGAACGCCGAUCAGUGAAGUCUCCAGAGAGGGAGAGCCGAGGAGAGGAGGGAGAUGAGCAGGGAGAGGGGGGAAGGCAGCCAGCGCAGAGAACAUCCAUCAGCUCAGGCAGCCAUGCUCUGAGCCCUGGAGCGGCAGGGCUACGCAGACGCUGCACGGGCCCAUCACCAGGCCUGCGCCUCACACCUCCGUCCCAGCCGCAAACACCAGGCCAGGGACAAAGGAAGAUUCUCCAAGUGUCAGCCGCACGUCAGAGCCAUGAGGACGGCCCGGAAGGGGAGCGUGGAGAUGCCCGCGUUCGUCCGGCAGCUGGUGAAGGAAACGGAGAAGAGGGUCAGCUCUUUCUUCAAGGGGGGGCGUGGGGGAGCGGCAGAGGGGGAGACACCGGGGAGGGGGGAGAAGGAGGAGGUCAUCCCCAGCCCCUACCUGGACCGGCCGGUGCUGGACAAGCUGACGGAGGAGGGCUGCGCCCGCUGGGGCCUCACCUACGCCCUGGGGAGUAUGCAGGGAUGGAGGGCCAACAUGGAGGACUUCCACAACUGCGUGCCACAGCUGGGCGGAGAGCUGGCCGACUGGAGCUUCUUCGCCGUGUUUGACGGACACGCAGGCAGCACCGUGGCACAGUACUGCUCCCAGCACCUCCUGGGUCACAUCCUGGCUACAGGUGGAAUGGGACCCGAGGACGACCCCGGGAAGGUGAAAGGAGCCAUCACGGAAGGUUUCUUCCAGACCGACAAGCACCUGCACUCCGUGGCUCGCCGAGAGGGCUGGGAGAGGGGCGGCACCACGGUGGUGGCCACCCUCAUCUCGCCGUAUUACAUCUACUUCGCCAACUGCGGCGACUCCAGGGCCAUGCUGUGCCGCUCCGGCCAGGUCUGCUUCUCCACCGAGGACCACAAACCCUACAGCCCUCUGGAGAAGGAGCGGAUCGAGAGCGCAGGCGGCACCGUGUCCCUCCAACGGAUCAACGGCUCCCUGGCGGUGUCCCGCGCCCUGGGCGACUUCAGCUACAAGGGGGCGGAGAACCGCAGCCCGAGCCAGCAGAUGGUGUCUCCGGAGCCGGAAGUGUUCGUGGUGGAGCGCUCGCCGGCGGAUGAGUUUCUGGUGCUGGCCUGCGACGGGGUGUGGGACACCAUCAGCAACGAAGAUCUGUGCGCCUUCAUCCACAACCGGCUGCAAGUCUGCACCGACCUGAGAGACGUCUGCAACCAAGUCAUUGACCUCUGUCUCUACAAGGGCAGCUUGGACAACAUCAGCAUCAUCCUGCUGUGCUUCCCUGGAGCCCCCCAGCUGUCUGCAGAGGCACUGCACCAGGAGGCCGAGCUGGAGGACCUGCUGGAGUCCAAAGUAGCAGAGAUUUUUGAAGAGCUGUGUGCCAGAGGAGAGGAGCCUGACCUGCUCUCUGUCCUCACAGUCCUCGCAUCCACUGUCAUCCCGGGUUUGCCUCCGGGCGGAGGCAUACAGAGCAAGAGAAACUGUAUUAUUUCUGCUUACUACCAACAACGAGAGAUUCACAUGCCCACAGUACCAGAUGAUUUGGGAGGCUCCUAGAGGCCCAAACGAACCCCGUGUCCAGGGAUCCAGGGAGGAACUGAAAUCAAUGUGAAUAUUUCCUCAAUCAACAAAAAGGGAGAUGACAAACAGGCAGAAGUGUUUGUUUACAUCGUAUUAAAAAGCAGCAACUUGUCGUAACAAAUGCAAUGCAAAAAUAGAUCUAAUAAUACCUGAUACUUUAUAUUUGUACAAGAAGGAUAUUUUGUAAAAAAGGAAAAAAACAAAACAAAGCCUACUCAGAGACUCAGACCCAGCAACAAACCUCUGCCUCUUAUUCAGUGAACAGAAAGUACAGAUUCAAGUGUCGGCCUGUAAAACUGAAUAACAACCAACUGUGAAACUGUACAUUUUUUGUUGGAUAAACCAUUAGUACACGUAGAGUUGUAUUUUAGGAGUAACGUUUUAAGAAUAGAUAUAAAGAAGUAAUUAUUUAAGGAAUUUAUGUUUGCCUUUUCUUCUUUGGGAAGGAAAAAAAUGUGUUGAAACAUUGUUUUUGCCAGCCAAAAGCUAGCAUGCAGCUAACAUAUAUCCAGCUGUCUCAGUGUGAAUAACCUUGCAGUUUUUAAUGGGAACACACAAAUUUACCUUCCUUCCUCAUUGCUUGGAAGUGACGGACAAACACACGAUUCAAGAUUUAUUUCUAAACGCAUCAAGAAAAAAAUACAUUUCACUAUUAGAUACAACAAUUAAAGAUCUCUUUGAAGAAGUGUUUCCUCUUUGCAUAUUUUUAAGCAUUCUUUAGAUAAGAACUCCUUAGUGGGAGUAUUGUUUGAGUGUGAAAAGGAAAUCAAGAAGUACCCAAAAAAAACAAAAAACAAUGAAUCUGAUCUUAUAUAAUUAGGUUCUAUAUUCGUACAUCAUUUUGUGUCUGUGAAAUGUAUUUUUUCCAUGAACUGGGUAUUAUGUACUGUGCUGCCUUAUAAAUAUUUUAUAUAGGUGUAAAAACAAAGCGUCAGAACGGG